AUGGCGGCGACGGCGACGGAGGACGUGACAGUGAAGGAGCCGCUGGAUCUGAUUAGAUUGAGUCUCGACGAGCGAAUCUACGUGAAGCUGCGAGGCGAGCGAGAGAUCCGCGGCCGACUACACGUACGUCUAACCCCGCCCGCCCCGCUCGCCCGCUCACCAGUUAGGGCGGACUCCUUUCUUGCGUUUCUUUCCCGCCAGAGCAGGGAGAGCAGGGAGAGCUGGGAGGGACGCAUGGGGCGAUCAGGCGUGCAGUCCACCACCCACCCAUGCCUUCCCCUCCUUGCCCUCCCUGUAUCCGCUUUCCCCUUCGCUUUCCCCGCAUCCGCCCCAGGCAUGCAGGGAUGCAAGCGUGCAGGCGUGGGCGAUCAGGCGUGCACUCCACCACCCACCCAACCAUGUGCCUUCCCUUGUGCUGACCACUGCAUCGCUCUUGUGCCCCCCCUCCCCUAUUCCCCCCUCCCCUAUCCCCCCUUCCUUUCCCCUCCUUCCACCCUUCACCCCGCCCCCCCCUCCUCCCCACCCUCCCUCCCCACCCCCCCCUUUUCCUCUCUGCGUUCCCAUCCCCCUCUUUCCCUCUCUCCCCACCUUUCCCCUCUCUCCCCCACCUUUCCCCUCUCUCCUCCACCUUUCCCCUCUCUCCCCCACCUUUCCCCUCUUUCUCCUCUCUCCCCAUCUCCCCCGCCUUUUCUCUCUCUUCCCAAACACCGCCCCCCUUCUUUCCCCUCUCUCCCACUUUCUUUCUUCUCCCUCCCCCUUCUUUCCCCUCUCUCCCCCCUACUUUCCCCUCUCUCCCCCCCUCUUUCCCCUCUCUCCCCCCCUCUUUCACCUAUCUCCCCCGCUCUUUCCCUUCUAUCUUCCCUCUCCUUCCCUCUCUCCCCCCCUCCCCUCGCGGCACCUUCCUGCCAGGCACACAUCCGCCAUGCGUACAUGGCAGUGCUGGCGAGGCAGACGUGA